CCAGGGGCGUCCCUGACUUGGUGGUCCUUGCGCUCCUCCCAACCUGGCAGCGUUUGCUCCUGGUCUGGAAUGACAGCUAGCGAGGGCGUGGAGCAGAGGGAGCCUUUCCCCCGGUUGGGUGGGGCGGGAGGUUGGCCCUCGGAGGCCCUGGGACUCGUCUGAGCAGCUGGGACCGAGCUGAGUCCCUGCACACAAGAGCGCCUACUGAUCGCAUCCAGAUUAUCCCUCUAUCUCAUCUGGGAUUAGAUGAAGAGCCAGCAGGCUUUUUGUUGAAAUUAAUUCCACAAAGAACAUUGAAUGUCUACUAUAUCCCAGGGACUGCCUUAAAUACUAAGGCUUCAAGGAGGAAUAAGAGAAGCUCUACUCAUCAGAAGCUCACGCUCUGAAGAGAAUCCAAUAGCCUGCCUGUGUUAACUUGGGGACAAUGUGGGCCUGGGCACUGUGGAUACUUCCUCUGCUUUGCAAAUUCUCCCUGGCAGCUCUGCCAGCUAAGCCUGAGAACAUUUCUUGCAUAUUCUAUUAUAAGCAAAAUUUUACUUGCACCUGGAGUCCAGAGGAAGAAGACAGUUAUACGUGGUACAAAGUCAAGAGAUUUUCCCACGAGGACCGAAAAAGUGAUAGUUGUAGUUCUACAAGUGAAACUGGCGCUUCAUGCUCUUUUCCUCGCACAAUAAAUAUAGGGAAUUAUGACAUUCAAGUGGAAGCUCGAAAUGCAGACGGCAUAAUAGCAUCUGAUGUAACACAUUGGAACUUAGAUGAUAUAAUAAAAAUUGAACCACCUAAUGUUAGCAGUGUGAAACCAGUGUUGGGCAUCAAGCGAAUGGUUCAAAUAAAAUGGAAAAGGCCUUUGUUGGCACCUGUGUCAUCUGCUUUAAACUACAUGCUUCGAUUCAGAACAGUAAACAGUGCCCACUGGAUGGAAGUCAAUUUCACCAUAAGACAUAUCAAUAGUGAGCAAACAUACAACCUCACAGGCUUGCAGGCUUCGACGGAGUAUGUCGUAACUCUGCAGUGUGCAGCUAACGAGUCACAGUUGUGGAGUGGCUGGAGCCAAGAAAAAAUGGGAACAACUGAAGAAGAAGCUCCACUUAGCCCGGAUCUGUGGAGAGUCCUGAGACCAGCCAUGGUGGAUGGGAGAAGGCCAGUAAAGCUGUUGUGGAAGAAGGCUAAAGGAGCCCCAGUCCUAGAAAAGACACUUGGCUACAACAUAUGGUACUUUCCAGAAAAUAACACUAACCUCACAGUGACAGUGAACACCACUAACCAGCAGCUUGAAUUGUAUCUGGAAGACAAGACCUAUUGGGUGUCUGUGAUUUCUUAUAAUUCUCUUGGAGAGUCUCCAGUGGCCACCUUGAGGAUUCCGGCUAUUGAUGAAAAGUCAUUUCAGUGCAUUGAGGCCAUGCAGGCCUGCCUCACUCAAGGCCAGCUAGUGGUGGAGUGGCAAAGCUCCAUUCCGGAGGUGGACUCAUGGAUGGUUGAGUGGUUUUCAGAUUUGACCACAGAGCCCUCCACCUUUUCCUGGGAAUCUGUGUCUCCGGCCAGGAACUGGACAAUCCAGCAAGAUAAAUUGAAACCUUUCUGGUGCUAUAACAUUUCUGUAUAUCCAAUGUUGCGAGACCAAGUGGGCCAGCCAUAUUCCAUCCAGGCUUAUGUCAAAGAAGGCAUCCCAUCAACGGGCCCUGUGGCCAAGGCUGAGAACAUUGGUGUGCACACAGUCUCAAUCAUAUGGAAAGAGAUUCCCAAAAGACAGAGAAAUGGUUUCAUCAGCAACUAUACCGUAUUUUACCAAGCUGAGGAUGGAAAGCAAUUCUCCAAGACAGUCGACUCCAGCAUCCUACAGUAUGGCCUGGAGUCCCUGACACGAAAGACCUCUUACACUGUUCAUGUCAUGGCCAGUACCCAUGCUGGGGGAACCAACGGCACCAGGAUAAACUUCAAGACAUUGUCAAUUAGUGUCUUUGAGGUUUGUCUUAUAAUUUCUCUGGUUGGAGGAGGCCUACUUUUUCUCAUCAUCCUGACGGUGGCAUAUGGUCUCAAAAAACCCAUCAAAUUGAAGCAUCUGUGUUGGCCUGAUGUCCCCAACCCUGCUAAAAGCAGUAUAGCCACAUGGCAUGAAGAUGAUUUUAAGGAUAAGCUAAAUCUGAAUGAGUUUGAUGACUCUCUGAACACAGAAGAAGACAGGAUUCUAAAACCAUAUUCUGCCCCUAAAGACUUUAUUGACAGGUUGGUGGUGAACUUUGAGAAUUUUCUAGAAGAAUUUUCCACAGAGGAUUCUGGAAAGGCUAAGGAAAAAAUUUUGGGAGGGGAAAAGAAUGAAUAUGUGACCUCCCCCUACAGGCCUUAUUAUUCCCUCGGGGAGAGUUUCGUGGAACCCUCCAUUUCAACCGAGGUUCCUUCCAGAAAAUCCCAACAUCUGUGUUCUGGAAUGCUAGAGGGGACCUUCUCAGAAGCUGAAGAGCAACUCCCUUAUUCUGCUCAAAGCUUAGGGCCAGACCAUCUCUGUGAGGAAGAAGCACCAAAUCCAUAUUUGAAAAAUUUGAUGAUAACUAGAGAAUUGCUCAUGUCUGAAGAACUUCCAGACCAAACCAAAAGAGAAGUAUAG